AUGGAUGAUUCCUACCAAACAGAGAAUUGUGCCGGGGAUGGCACUACGACCGGUCCAGUGAUCCAGCAGCAUUUAUCUCUAUUCAGCCCAGCAUCGUACAAUCUCCCACAUUUCAAAUACAAGCAUUUGCCGCAAUCGGAAAUACGAAAUGCUUGGGGAUCAUGGAUUCGAUGGUUCGAAACCGUCAUGGCAGCUUCGAACAUCACAGAUGGUUCUUGUCGCAAAAUGCAGCUACUUGCUAUGGGCGGCCUGGAAUUACAAUGUGCCUUUUAUGGAAUUCCUGGAUGCGAUGAAGACGACGAUCAAUCAAAGGAUCCAUACCUUUCAAUGAAAGAGAAAUUAACACACUAUUUCUCUCCGAAGCAACAUGACAGUUUCGAAAGAUUUCUAUUUUGGUCCAUGGCACCCAAUGACUGCGAAUCCAUUGAAAAAUUUGCUCUUCGUGUUCAGCAGAAAGCUGAAAAAUGUUACUUUGGUAAAACAGAGACAGAUAGCAGGCACAUUGCAGUGGUCGAUAAAAUAAUCCAGUAUACCUCUGAAGAUCUACGUCAAAAACUACUUGAAAAAGAACACCUGACCCUUGAUGAAGCUUUAAAAAUAAUCAAUGCAUAUCAAUCGGUAAAAUAUCAGUCUUCAAAGAUGAACCCAAAACCCAGUGGUUCAAUAAACCGCCCAUUUGAAGAUUUGAACAGCAGUGUGAACCGACUUUAUGAACAUUCUUCUAAGAAGUUCGGGAAUAAUCCCCGGUGUUUGCGUUGUGGGUACGAUCGACAUCGCACAGUAGAGCAUUGCCCGGCUUUGGACAAGACUUGCCUUCGUUGCAGAAAAGUUGGCCACUUUAAGUCGGUUUGCAAAUCUAAAAUGUUGUUCAACUCUGAAGUAGCUGAUCGAAAACGGAAAGGAAUCAUAAGCAACCAAGGCCCUUCACGUCAAUCAAAGUUUCCCCGUCAUUCCUCUCGACCGGUUUACAAAAUUGAUGAACACAAUAGUGAACCAGAAAGCGAAGACCUUCCAGUGUAUAAUGUGGGCGAGUCCGAUGAAUUGAUUACAUGUUGCAUUGGGGGUGUAGACAUUACUAUGCUCAUCGAUUCAGGAUCGAAGCAUAAUUUAAUCGAUGACACAACAUGGGAGAUUAUGAAGUUACAAGAUGUAAAAAUACGAAAUCAAAGGUUCGAUAACAGCAAGCGGUUUUUGGCUUAUGGUCGAGUUCCGUUAAAGCUAGUUACAGUGUUCGACGCUGAUCUAGAGAUUAAUGACGGGGGAAAAUUGCUGAAAACUACUACUUCUUUUUACGUUAUCGAGAGAGGACAGCAACCGCUACUUGGAAAAAUAACUGCACAACAAGUUGGGGUGCUGCAAAUUGGCUUACCUAGUUCGAGAAAUACAUUGGUUCGCAGAGUGGAUUUGAUUAAAGGGUCAUUUCCAAAAAUGAAAGGAAUAUCGCUGAGUUUACCCAUAGAUAGAUCAGUUUCGCCCGUCAUUCAACCUCUUCGCCGCUGCCCCAUACCGCUUUUAAAGCAAGUUGAAGCUAAACUGAAUGAACUAUUGCAGCUUGACAUUAUUGAAAAAGUCACUAAACCAACAUCAUGGGUCUCCCCGUUGGUACCGAUUUUAAAGGACAAUGGCGAAUUGCGCCUUUGUAUAGAUAUGCGUAGAGCGAACCAGGCCAUUAAGAGACUCAAUCAUCCACUGCCAGUAUUCGACGAUAUGCUCCCUAGAUUUCGAAACGCCAAGCUGUUUACAUCGUUGGAUAUAAAACAGGCAUUCCAUCAGGUGGAGCUUUCGGAAGACUGUCGCGACAUUACUACAUUCAUUACGAAUUGGGGACUGUUUCGCUAUAAAAGACUACUCUUUGGUGUGAAUUGCGCUCCGGAGCUGUUCCAAAACUUGAUGGAGAGCCUUCUCGCAGAGUGUGAAAACACUGUAGUGUUUAUCGACGACAUCAUGAUAUUUGGAUCUACUGAGGAAGAACACGAUAAAGCAGUAAAACAUACACUGAGUGUUCUGAACCGCUAUGGUAUUCUACUGAAUAUUCAUAAAUGUAAGUUCAAACAAACAGAGAUAUCAUUCUUAGGGCACAUGCUUUCACCAGAUGGAGUAGCUCCAGGUGGAGAAAAGGUUAGAUCAAUCCUACAAUUUAGAGCACCACAAUCAAAAGAAGAGCUGAGAAGUUUUCUCGGCUUAGUAACUUAUGUGUCACGAUUCAUCCCGAAUUUGGCAACAGUAAAUUCCCCACUUCGUGAGCUACUAAAACAGGAGCUCCCUUUUAAUUGGAGAUCGGAGCACCAACAAUCUUUCGAUCAUCUCAAGCGGAUGAUAGGAUCACUCCAUCACUUGGGGUAUUAUGAUCCCAACGAUCGAACAUUGCUAAUCACAGAUGCGUCAGGAGUAGGGUUAGGUGCAGUGUUGCUGCAAUUCAAGAACAAUCAUCCUAGAGUCAUCGGAUAUGCGUCGAAGAGCCUAUCAGAAACCGAAAAGAAAUACCCUCCAAUAGAGAAGGAAGCUCUCGGAAUUGUGUGGGGAGUAGAGCGAUUCCGGAUCUAUCUCCUAGGCAUACAUUUCGAGUUAGAAACAGAUCACAAGCCUUUAGAAUCGCUCUUCACGCCGACUUCACGACCUACAGCGAGAAUCGAGCGCUGGAUGCUGAGACUUCAAGCAUUUAAAUUCAAAGUUGUUUAUCGAAAAGGUUCGGCUAACUUGGCCGAUACUUUUUCUAGGCUUGGAGCACAUGUCCACGACACUCAAUGGACAGACGAAUGUGAGGUUUUUAUUCGACGAGUAUUAGCAGAAUCGUUAUCUACCUUGGCAGUUAGUUCGAUUCGUGACGAUUUUGAUCCUGAAACCGAAAUUAGUAUCCGUUCCAUACAAGAAACUGCGGCUAUCGACAUCGAGGAAGUUAUUCAGGCUACGGCUGCAGAUCUGGAGAUGCAGAAAUUGAGGGUAUGCAUCGUGAAUGAUUCCUGGAAUAAUGAGGAUGUUAAACAAUAUAUUCCGUUCCGCCAUGAAUAUACAUAUGCCAACUCGCUUAUCUUACGAGGUUCUAAACUUGUCGUACCGAAGAGCUUGCGCUCAAGGAUGCUCCAAUUAGCUCAUGAAGGACAUCCUGGACAAUCGCUAAUGAAACGACGUUUAAGAGAACGGUGUUGGUGGCCUGGGAUUGACCAAGCAGCAGUAAACACCUGUGAAGCCUGCGAAGGAUGUCGUUUAGUUCAGCUUCCUGAUCCUCCUGAGCCAAUGAUACGACGACAGCUACCUGAUCGCCCAUGGAUCGAUAUAGCGAUAGAUUUCCUUGGACCAAUGCCAUCCGCUGAGUAUAUUCUAGUGGUUAUCGACUACUACAGUCGCUAUAUGGAGUUAGAGGUGAUGAAUAAGAUUACCGCUCAGGAGACAAUCAAAAGAUUGAAACGAAUUUUUCGUAUCUGGGGGCCACCAAGAACGAUCACUUUGGACAAUGCUAAACAGUUCGUAUCUAGUGAAUUGGAAGAGUAUUGUAAAACAAAUGGCAUUUACCUAAAUCACACGUCUCCAUACUGGCCACAAGCAAAUGGCGAGGUCGAACGCCAAAAUAGAUCAUUAUUGAAAAGAAUGAAAAUAGCUAACGCUCUGUAUGACAAUUGGAAGGCUGAACUUGGCAACUACCUGGAUCUCUACAAUAAUACUCCGCAUACAAUUACUGGCAAGGCGCCUAGUGAGCUUUUACAAAACCGGAAGUUGCGCACAAAACUCCCUUGUGUCGACGACAUCGAAACCAUGCCCCCCAGUACCGAUUUCCGAGAUCGGGAUCACGAGAAAAAAUUUCAUGCAAAACAGUGGGAGGAUGAGAAGCGUAGAGCAAAACCAAGUUCUAUUUUACCUGGCGAUACAGUCCUCAUGAGGAAUCUCUGCCCGACGAACAAACUGUCCACUAAUUUCUACAAGGAGAAAUUUACAGUUGUUGACAGACAAGGAUCGAACGUCACCGUUCAAUCUCAGGAAACAGGAAAAACGUACGAUCGUAACUCGUCUCACCUCAAACCCAUUUCUGACCCUGUACUCGUUGAGGAUAGCACAGGUAACAGAGAUCGUAGUGGUUACUCUAUACCAGCAAUGUCUGAACAAUCACCGGUUGAUGGAGAAUCGCUGGAGAUCGCUGUGGAUCCUGAUGCUCCAGAGUCGGGAGAUUUGCCACUACCACAAAGGCAACCUAGACGGUCAACGCGAACACACAAGCCUAAGGUAAUCUGGACACGGCAGAAAGUUUGGAAAAGCAGGCAUCUAUCGGCUUCCUUUAAGCAAAGCUGUGCCACCACCAACGAGCUGGGAACUGGCUUCAUGGUGCUGGGCAAGAUUCACCUACGCGUGAUUGGGUGGAAGCCAAUCAACGCAAGGAUGUGCAAGCUGCGGAUAAAAGGCUGUUUCUUCAACUACAGCAUCAUCAACGUGUACUGCCCUCUUGAAGAGCGACCUGACAACCAGAAAGAAGCGUUCUAUGCACAGCUGGAGCAGAAAAACGAUGGAUGA